AUGUUAGUUGAAGAUUUUACUAAAAGAGGGUUGAAUGAUUUGAAAUCUGGGAAAAUCGUGACACCAUUGCCACCAAAAGAGACGUUCUUGGAUGAUCCUUUGAGGGUUCUUAGAGCAAUUCGUUUUAGUGCAAGGUUUGAAUUUGAAAUGGAUGAAGAAUUAAAACUUGCAGCUUCAGACAAUGAUGUGAAAUCUGCCAUUGGUGGGAAAAUCGGCAGAGAAAGAAUCGGACAUGAAAUCGAUCUUAUGAUAUCCGGGAAUCAACCCGAUAAAGCAAUAACUUACAUAUCAGAAUUAGGUUUGUUUUGGGUUGUUUUCACAUUACCUGAAAAUUGUAAACCUUCAAUUUCACAAGAAGAUGAUAGAAUUUGUGUUGAGUAUAUGAAUUUGGGAAUGAGACAGUUUCUUGAAGUGGGGUGUAGUUUUACAAAUGAACAGAGAAGGAUUUAUUUAUACGCAUUGUUGUUUCUUCCACUUAGGAAGAUAGUUUACAUAGACAACAAAAGGAAAACAUUUCCAAUUGUGAAUUACAUUUUCAAAAACUCUUUAAAGUUAAAAGUUAGUGAUGCGGAUGAUGUUACGAGGCUACAUAAUGGAGUUCAGAAGCUUUUGUGUUUGAUCCCAUUCGUGUUAUCAAAUGAAGAUAUGAGUAAAAUUGAUUUGGAAAUUGAUUUGAUUGAAGUUCCUGUGAAAUUGAAACCAAGGAUCUUGUUGGGUUUGGUUUUGAGGGAAAUGAAAGAUUUGUGGAGGGUUGCUUUGAUGCUUUGGAGUAUUGUGGGGGGAGAAGUGGAGAAAAGGAAGGAAGUGUUUAUGGAGGUUGAAAGAGAAAUAUUGAAAUUAGGUUUGGAGAAAGUGUGGGAAGUCAAACCUUUGGUCAACGGGAAGGAUAUAAUGAAACAUUUGGAGCUUGAAAAAGGGGGCCCGGUUGUUAGUGAAUGGCAGCGGAAGCUUCUACAAUGGCAGCUUGCUUAUCCUUCCGGAAGCUUAGAGGAAUGUGUUGAUUGGAUGAAGAGGGAAAUAGAGAAGAAGCGUGCUAGAACAUCAAGAGGAGAAUAA